CGGUUCUCUUUGAAAUUUUGGAGGUCCAACCUGAAUGUUACCAUCCAUAUACCCGGGUAAUACUUCUUUUCCAAAAACAUUUAAUUUAGAAAAAGCCCAAAUACAGUCUAAAGCAUUGGCUUCGGUGGCCUAAAAUUUUGUGUUGAAACAAUUAUAUGGGACAGGGUGCAUGCAUUCCAAGCUCUUUGGUAUGCAAAACUGAACGUCUUUUAGUGAUCUCCUUUCUAAAUUUAGUGGCAUCUUGGGAGUGACGUUUCUCUGUCGGGAGAGUUCGCGCCUGAGCAUUUCUCUUGUAGUUCAACGCUAGAGGGAGAUUCGUUCCUUACCGAACACUUCAGCGAUGGGGGAAAUCAGGGAAAAGCUCUGCUUAUGCCUGGUUUUUGUUUUUGCAGUGUUUAUUCAACUCAAAAGUUAUGGUGCUGCAGUCGAGGGUAUAGAUACUAUUUCCUUAGGUGCCUCAAUUACUGGAAAUCGGACAAUAAUUUCAAAGAAUGGCACAUUUGAAUUGGGGUUCUUCAGCCCAACUGGAACCAAUAACUGGUAUAUCGGCAUCUGGUAUGCCAAUAUACCAGAGAAGACAAUCGUUUGGGUGGCUAACAGGGAGACUCCCGCGAGAAACAGGUCAGGCGUUUUGAAGCUGUCAAAAAAAGGUCAUCUGGGACUGUUCGAUGCAGAGGGCGCGUCUCUUUGGUCGGUCAAUGUGACCAAGAAGCCCUCACAUGCUGUGAUAUUAGAUUCUGGUAAUUUUGUAAUGCUCAGUGAUUUCAAUAAAUCUGAACCUGUUUGGCAGAGUUUCGACUACCCUGUUGACACGGUGUUGCCAGGGAUGAGGUUCGGUGGACAGAAAAAGCUAGUCUCUUGGAAAAGCUCACUGGAUCCUGCUCCUGGGCUUUUCUCUUAUCAAGUGGAUCCAUCUGGGGUCAAACAAUUAUUGCUAAAAUGGAACAAUUCUGUACAGUAUUGGGCAAGCGGAGCUUGGGAUGGCAAUGUUUUCAGUCAAAUUCCAGAAAUGUCAAACAAAGGCUUAUACAAUAUCAGCGUUGAAACUACCAACUCUGGUUUCUAUGUCACAUAUACGUCGAUAUCUAUCAAGAAUGUGGUCUCACGUUCCGUCCUACUUCAUUCUGGAGGAAUGCAAUUAUAUGCUCUGCUUGAUGACGGUAAAUGGAGCCUGUUCUUCUCUCAACCGAGAGAUCAAUGUGCCGUAUAUGGUUUGUGCGGCGCUUACGGAAGCUGCAACUCCAACAAUAUUCAGUUCUGCAGCUGCGUGGAAGGCUUCACUCCCAAAGACACUCGAGCCUGGUAUUCGCAAGAGUCGUGGUCAAGUGGCUGUGUUCGACAGAGCCCGUUAAACUGCGGUGCCGAAAAUGGCAGCAGCGACGGAUUUCUGGAGCUGACCGUCACCGCGUUGCCUGAUGCUGUUUCCGCUUCUUCAUACCCUGCAACCACAAAGGAAGAUUGCCAGAAAGCCUGCCUCCUCAACUGCUCGUGCACAGCGUUUUCUUUCAAUCCGUCUUCAGGACUCUGCCACAUCUUGUCUGGAGAUUUGUUAAACAUGCGUAGCUCUCUUCCAUCAAAAAGCACUUCAAAUGUUUUUAUUCGACUAGCUGCCUCUGCACUUCCAAAGACUGAUAAAUCGUCCUCCUCCAAACGCAAAACAGCAACUAUCGUAGGCGCAGCGCUAGCUGUGGUCGUUGCAGUCGCAAUUGCUUUGGGCAUAUUUACGUUUCUACGCAAGCGAAGGCAGCGAGUAGUACCACCACAGAGGUGGGCAGAGUCCUGCAACCCUUCGCUCAGAGCGUUUACUUACAAGGAGCUCAAGACUGCAACCAGGAAUUUCACCCACAAGUUGGGUGGCGGCGAAUUCAGCUCUGUGUUCAAAGGUUCUCUAAACGAUAAUACUCAGGUGGCCGUGAAAAAAAUUGGUAACUCAAAGGACGGAGAGAAAGAGUUUCAGAAGGAAUUGAGCACGGUGGGGAGAUUACAACACCAGAAUCUGAUCCAGCUCCGAGGGUUCUGUUUGGAGCAGUCGAGGAAUCUGCUGGUGUACGAGUACAUGCCCAUCGGAUCCCUUGAUUCCUUCUUAUUCGACAAUUCCAAAGCCCAAUACAAGGUCUUAGACUGGAAGACCCGCUUCCAGAUAGCCCUUGGGACGGCAAAGGGGAUCGCUUAUCUGCACGACAAGGAAAUUGUGCACUGUGAUAUAAAGCCUGAGAAUAUCCUGCUGGACGCGAAAUUCCACCCGAAAGUUGGAGGACUUGGGCUGGCGAAGUUAGAGGGCGUAGCUUUCAGCCAUGAAGAGACGUUCAUCAGAGGAACGAGGGGUUACUUGGCUCCCGAGUGGAUGUCUGGCUUGCCCAUCACUGCCAAGGCUGACGUCUACAGCUUUGGCAUGACGCUGCUUGAAAUCAUUGCGGGGCGAAGGAAUUCGGAUCUGAUCGUGGAGUCGAGCAGUAUGUUUUUUCAGGCGUGGGCUGCAGAGCAGAUGAAAAGGGGGAAUCCUUUACUGUCUGAGGAGGAUGGGGAUCUUGUUCACGGCAAUUCAGAGGGCGAGGAGAUUAGAAGAGCUACCAUGGUGGGUGGAUGGUGCAUUCAGGAAAGGGAAGAGGCCAGACCCUACAUGUGGCAGGUCAUCAAAAUUCUGCAAGGUCCUCUUGAUCUUCAAACAUCGCAAGCUCUGCAACUUCUCCUCAACGGUAGAGGACACCAUGCUUUAUAUUAGUUAAAGGUCAAACCUCCAUUGCUGCAUGAAAUCGUUGAUCUGAACAAUCAAAGGGGAAUCUAUAGCUAAGAUCAAAAAAUAAUUGAUGGUGUUAACCUGCCACAAAGAUUGAAAAAAGUCCACCUCUCGAUCAACAUUUAUUAUUCAAACAAACAGCGAGUGACGGGUGUAAGGCUCUACAUUCAAAAAUAUGUAACUAUUGACUGCCAUGCAAAAAUCAUUAAGAUGAUUUUGUACUUUCAAAGCUGAGCACAAGCCAUUGUGUAUUGUAAGAUCAAAAUGUAUCAUUGUAUUUUUAAAAAACUAUUAAUUAAUUGAAAACAAAAAAAUAUUUUGAUUUUAA